AUGGCAAGAGACGGUUAUUGCUCUCCCGUCAUCUAUUUGCAUUUCGUAAUUCUCUCGCUCGCUACCUUUUGUUAUGCCCAACAAGGGCACGUAGAUGACUUGAAGACGACAACAUGGGUCCCAAUUCUCAAAUACAACAAAGAACAGGGCGUGGAUGGCAGUUACAAGACAGCUUUCGAGACGGGAAAUCACAUUUUGGCCGAAGAAACGGGAUAUUUGAAGGAUGCCAACCAAGCAAACCCGAACGGAGUCUUGGUCCAAGAGGGAACUUUCACAUAUGAAGCGCCCGACGGUCAAAUUAUCACGUCGCAUUACAAAGCCGAUGAACAUGGUUUCCGUGUUCAUGGUAAUCAUUUGCCAACGCCGCCUCCAAUCCCGGCGGAAAUCCAAAAAGGCUUAGACGAGAUCUACGCAGGAAUAAGACUUGCGGAGGAGAGACGUGCUCAAGAGGCAAAAACGAACCCAAGAUUCGCAGAAGAACAAGCGGAACGUGAUCGAGCGAAUUUUGAGGGAAGAUACGAUCCCAAGUUGUACUCGUAA